AUGGAGAACUACUACGAUCCUGAACUGUGCGGCUACCGCACGCCAUCGCCCACCGACUGGACUCCGGAAGGAAGUCCAACCUUGGACGGUGUUUUCAGCGAUGAUGAAGAAAAGGUGGUGGAGAAAAAGUGCUCGUUCUGUAUCGAGGAACGGGCUUGGACAGAGAGCACACGACAGUUGAGGGAAACCAAGCAGGAGGUAUGCCUGCAGGCCGCCGAUGAGCAGGUGGCCCUGCGAGCUCGAUUUGAAGAGAAGUUCAAGGAAAAAUUUGAGAUGAUGAAGUAUUGGUCCGAUAAGACUCAGAGAGCGAUUCAGGAGGUUUUUUGCCUACGUGAGCAGAUGUCCCGCCUAAGAAUGGGCAUCUAUGGGAGGUGUCUGCCCCCGGGCGGAGGGGGUUAG